AUGUCUUUAAGUUCACGGGCCUCCAAAGUCGCUUACAGGAGCAGGUCCAGCCAGCCCUCUGCCCCGGUGGAGUCAAUCAAGGAGAUGCAGCAAAAGUUGAAGGAGGAGCGAGAGGCUAAGCGAGCCCAGCUGGAUGGAAGGCAUGACUAUGUCCUAAGCAUUGUGGCUUCUUGUCUGGGACUGGAGAAGGCAGAGGUAGAAGAUGCCAUGCUGGAGGGCAAUCAGAUUGAUCGUAUCGAGCAGUUCUUUGUGGCCGAGGGUCUUCCACACCUCAUGUUCUACUACCAGGAGGUUGUGCCACUGGAGCCAGCUGCAACCACGCCAGCCCCUGCCCCCUCCCAGCAUGUUGACCAGUCCCAGUCCCAGUCCCAGCAGACUGGACACAGUAAGAAGGGUAAAGUGUUUGUGACAGAGGGGAGAGACGUGGCCCUGACCGGAGUGUGUGUUUUCUUCACCAGGGCCAACACCUCUAAGGCUAUCACCUCUGAGAACAUACACAGAGAUGUGAACUUCAACAUGUUGGACACAACUGAGGUGGGUCUGUUGAAGAGUGUGGAGCAGCUGUUGUCUGAGAUCUUCAUUCCGACUUUAAGGAAGAUGAAUCAUGGCUGGGGUGAGCUGGCAAGCCCCCAGGCCCAAGCUGUCAAACAAGACUUCAUAGCAUCACUGGAGAGCUUUGUGUCUGUCCUAGCUGGAGCACAGGAAAGCCUGCAGGAGAAGGUGAGCCUGAGAGAGUGUGACACAUUUGACCUGCAGACAUUGAAAUGUCCAUCAGACUACAUGGCAGCAGCCAACAGCACAGAAACCACAGAGAAGAUAGAGACCUGCAUGAAAGUUUGGAUCAAACAGAUAGAACAAGUCCUGGCUGAAAGUGAUCAGUUGAGGAAGGAGGCAGAUGACCUUGGCCCUCGGGCUGAGCUGGACCACUGGAAGAAACGCAUGUCCCGCUUCAACUACCUUCUGGACCAACUCAAGAGCCCUGAUGUCAAGGCUGUACAGGGUGUUCUCAUAUUGGCUAAAUCUAAACUCAUAAAGUCUUGGAGAGAGCUAGACACCAGGAUCACUGACUCUGCAAAUGAAGCUAAAGACAACGUCAAGUACCUGUACACUUUGGAAAAGUUCUGUGACCCACUCUACAACAGUGAUCCAGUGGCAAUGGUGGAUGCGAUCCCUGGUCUGAUCAAUGCCAUCAGGAUGAUUCAUAGCAUCUCUCGCUACUACAACACAUCUGAGAAGAUCACGUCACUCUUUGUUAAGGUGACAAACCAGAUGAUCACUGCCUGCAAGGCCUACAUCACUAAUAAUAACACUGCUACUAUAUGGGCCCAGGCUCAGGAGCAAGUUGCUGAAAAAAUCAGAGCUGCCAUCCACCUUAACCAGGAGUACCAGCGAUAUUUCCAUAAGACCAAAGAGAAGCUUGAACAGACCCCAUCGGAGAGACAGUUUGAUUUCAGUGAGAUGUACAUAUUUGGAAAGUUUGACACAUUUCAACGACGGCUCAACAAGAUUCUGGACAUGCUAAACACCAUCUCGACCUAUUCGGCUCUGCAGGACUCCACGAUAGAGGGACUGGAAAUCACAGCCACCCAGUUUCAAACUGCAGAAAUGCAGGGGAAAUGGGAGGCCAUUGUUCUAAACAUGAAGAAGAAACACUACAGUUUCUUGGACCAGAGAAGAACUGACUUUGAUGUGGACUAUGAUGAAUUUUGUAAAAACACCACUGAACUCCACAAUCAGCUAAAGAGUUUCAUGGACUGCACAUUUGAGAAGAUUCAGAAUACAGAGAGGGCACUGAAUGUGCUGAAGAAAUUUGAAAGAUUGGGCAUCCCAAACCUUGGCAUUGAGGAGAAGUAUCAGCGCAUACUUCAAAACUAUGGUCGGGACAUUGAGAUGGUCUCCCACACCUACAUGAAACAGAAACUGGACCCUCCCAUUGGCCGGGACCUGCCUCCAGUGGCAGGCCGGAUCCUGUGGGCUCGACAGCUGUACCGGAGGAUCCAGAAACCCAUGGAUCUCUUUCAACAGCAUCCAGGUGUUCUCUCCACACCAGAGGCUAAGAGGAUCAUCAGGAACUACAACAGGGUGGCAAGAGUUCUGCUGGAGUUUGAGAUGCUAUACCAUCAUGGCUGGAUGAAACAGAUGGAGGAUGCCAAGGUGGGCCUGCAAGCCUCUCUGCUGGUCAGGUCUCCAGAAACGGGGGAGCUGCUUGCAAACUUUGAUCCAGAGAUCCUGACCCAGAUCAGAGAAACUGACUGCAUGACCAGGAUAAAGCUGGAGAUUCCACCCUUUGCUGCACUACUACAGCAGAAACAAGGUGCCCUCAAGCACAACUACAACAAACUACAGCUGAUGCUAAGUGAGAACUCCAGAGUGCGGGCUAAGAUACAGAGUGCCUUUGAACAGCUGGUCACACCUCAUGUAGCCAAGGUGGACGAAGCUAUACUGCCCGGUUUGACCUCCCUCAACUGGACAUCUCUGAACACAGACAAGUACCUCAGCCGCAUCAACACAGCACUAGCGGAGCUGGAGCUGUUGUUGGACAGGCUGAAUGAUUUGGUGGAGUUCAGGAUAGAUGCUGUACUGCAGGAGAUGAGUGGAGCCACCCUGUGUGUGCUGCCAGAGGAUGAGCCAUUCACCUGUGAGGAGUUUGUUCAGACCACUAGGGACCUGUGUAUCAAAGCAGCCCAGAGCCUUCACACUAGGAGCUCAUUAGUGGAGGAGGCAGCUAAUGAGCUCAUCAACAUGCUGCUGGAGUUAGAUCCCAAUCAGAGAGAGGAGGAGGAGAAGUUUCCGGAAGACAACCACAUUGAGAGCAAGGCUAUGGACCACGUCGACAGUGAUGGUGAAGAUGAGGUUCGAUCAGAAGGCCAUCUGUUCUCGAGAAACACUGUGGUCCAUCCAGCCAGCAUUGGCCCUGCCUCUCCACUGGCCAGGAGGAAGAAGAAGAAGGAUCUGAUGGAGGAGGAAGCACAAGAUUUGCUUUCCCACUUCAACCACCGCAACGUAGACGCCUUGCUUAGACUAACGAGAAACACCCUGGAGAUGCUACGGAAGCGCAUCCAUGCCCCCUCGCUCAUGCAUUUCCUGGCUGAGAGCGACUCUGCCAGUCGUGUUAAGAGUAUGGGUCAGCAGCCUAUCUUCAGGGCCAAUGUGACCCUCUCCAUUCCUCACAUUGCUGUGGUCCCAGCCCUGGAUGAGGUCCAACAGGCUCUGAAUCGGGCCGUGGAGUGUGUAGUCAGCGUCAGCAAGGGAGUUGGCCAGUGGAGCAAGGAGAGGAUCUCCAAGAGAGAGAUGAGCGAGAGACGGAUGGCUGCUUUAAAACAGGAGAGCAGUGAAAGUGAGUCGGAGGAUGGAGAAGCAACAUACAAGAGCCUGGCUGAUGGCAGUAUCUCAGACGUAUCAGCAUCUGUGAUCCAGGCUAUUCCAUUUCAAGCCAGGAACUACUACAAGAGUGUGUCAGAGAACAAGGAGAUCGUCAAGCUGGUCUCCGUUCUCAGCACUUCAAUCAGCUCCACCAAGAAGGAGGUGAUGACAGCCCUGGAACGUUUUUGUUGUUACCAUCACAUUUGGAGACAGGACAGAGAAGACACCAUUCAGAGUUUUAGCCAUGGGAGUCCCUUACUGUCGGAGUUUGAGAGCCAGAUCCUUUACUAUAGAGACCUGGAGCUAGAAAUCAAUUCUGAACCGGAGUACAUCACUGUCGGAGCUCUGGCCCUGUUCACAGCGGACCUUAAGAUGUCCCUCACCACCGAAACGAAAAGCUGGAUGGUUGACUACGGCCUGCACUGUAACAGGAAGUACAGGUCAGAGAUGGAGCAGAUCUUUGCCUUUGUAGAGGAAGCGGGAAAAAAGCUUAACCGACAGAUCAAAGACCUGGAUGACAUCCGCAUCGCCAUGGCAGCACUCAAAGAGAUCAGAGAGCACCAGAUAGCUAUCGAUUCCCAAGUUGGACCCAUAGAGGAGUCGUACGCCGUGCUCCAUAAAUACGAACUAUCAGUGGCAAAAGAAGAGGCCGAGAAGGUGGACACGCUGCGUUACGCCUGGGAGAAGCUGCUGUCCAGGGCCACAGAGGUGCAGAACGAGCUGGUGGCCCUGCAGCCCAACUUCAGGGGAGAGCUGAUCAGCAACGUGGAGACCUUCCUGGAGGACUGCCGACACUUCUACCUGGACUAUGAGAAGGAUGGCCCCAUGGUGGCAGGGUUAGUGCCUCAGGAUGCCAGUGACAGGCUCAUCAUGUUCCAGAAUCGUUUCGACAACCUCUUCCGGAAGUAUAUCACUUACACAGGUGGUGAGGAGCUAUUUGGACUUCCUGUUACCCAGCAUCCUCAGCUGUUGGAGAUUAGGAAACAGUUGGCCUUGCUGCAGAAGCUCUAUGGCCUGUACAACAAUGUCAUUGAUACGGUCAAUGGUUACUAUGACAUCCUCUGGGCUGACAUCCACAUUGAGAGGAUCAAUAAUGAGCUGUUGGACUUCCAGACUAGGUGUCGCAAGCUGCCCCGUGCCCUGAAAGAGUGGCAGGCCUUCCUGGACCUUAAGAAAACUAUUGACGAAUUCAGUGAGUGCUGCCCCCUGCUGGAGCUUAUGACUAAUAAGGCCAUGAUGACGCGCCACUGGAAACGGAUCACUGAGGUGACUGGACAUGGCUUUGAGGUCGAGACCGAUACAUUCAAACUACGCUACAUUAUGGAGGCUCCAUUGCUCAAGUGUAAAGAAGAGAUUGAGGACAUCUGCAUCAGCGCAGUGAAAGAGCGAGACAUUGAGCAGAAGCUGAAGCAAGUAAUUGCCGAGUGGGACAACAAAACUUUCACUUUUGCGAACUUCAAGACCCGCGGUGAGCUCCUUCUUAGAGGAGACAGCACGUCAGAGAUUAUUGCCAGUAUGGAGGACAGCCUGAUGGUGCUGGGGUCUCUUAUGAGCAACAGGUACAACACCCCAUUUAAGGCCCAGAUUCAGAAGUGGGUGCAGAAUCUGUCAAACACCACCGACAUCAUAGAGAACUGGAUGACCGUGCAGAAUCUUUGGAUCUACCUGGAGGCCGUGUUUGUGGGGGGAGACAUCGCCAAACAGCUGCCGAAAGAAGCUAAGCGGUUCUCCAACAUUGACAAGUCCUGGGUGAAGAUCAUGACCCGUGCCCACGAGAUGCCCAACGUGGUGCAGUCGUGUGUGGGAGACGAAACUAUGGGACAGCUGCUUCCUCACCUUCUAGAACAGUUGGAGAUAUGCCAGAAGUCCCUCACCGGCUACCUGGAGAAGAAGCGCUUGCUGUUUCCUCGGUUUUUCUUCGUCUCUGAUCCCGCCCUGCUGGAGAUCCUCGGCCAAGCCUCUGACUCCCACACCAUCCAGGCCCACCUCCUCAACGUUUUUGACAACAUCAAGUGUGUCCGCUUCCAUGACAAGAUAUACGACCGUAUCCUGGCUAUAUCGUCGCGGGAGGGGGAGACGGUGGAAUUGGAGCGUCCAGUUAUGGCUGAAGGCAACGUAGAGGUUUGGCUCAACGCACUGCUGAAGGAAUCCCAGAGGUCUUUACACAUGGUGAUCCGGCAGGCUGCCCUGACCAUCCAAAACUCCGGCUUCCAGCUCAUCGAAUUCCUCGACUCCUUCCCUGCUCAGGUGGGCCUGUUGGGUGUCCAGAUGAUCUGGACGAGGGACUCAGAGGAGGCUCUAACUAAUGCCCGCUACGACCGCCGGAUCAUGGCCAAGACCAACCAGCUCUUCCUGGAUCUGUUAAACACUCUGAUUGACAUGACCACAAGAGAUCUGGGGGAUGUGGAAAGGACCAAGUACGAGACCCUCAUCACCAUCCAUGUUCACCAGAGAGACAUAUUUGAUGACCUGUGCCGGCUGCAUGUCAAGAGCGCUGGUGACUUCGAGUGGCUGAAGCAGUGCCGUUUCUAUUUCAAUGAGGACUCAGACAAGAUGACAAUCAGCAUCACGGAUGUGGGCUUUGUCUACCAAAAUGAAUUCCUGGGUUGCACUGACAGGCUUGUCAUUACACCACUGACUGACAGGUGCUACAUUACCCUUGCCCAGGCUCUAGGUAUGAGUAUGGGAGGAGCUCCUGCUGGUCCUGCAGGGACAGGUAAGACCGAAACUACCAAAGACAUGGGACGCUGUUUGGGAAAGUACGUUGUGGUCUUCAACUGUUCUGACCAGAUGGACUUCAGAGGCCUGGGGCGGAUAUUCAAAGGUCUUGCCCAGUCUGGUUCGUGGGGCUGUUUUGAUGAAUUCAACCGCAUUGACCUCCCAGUGCUGUCGGUGGCGGCGCAGCAGAUCGCCAUCGUUCUCACUUGCAAGAAAGAACGACGGAAAAACUUCAUCUUCACCGAUGGAGACAAUGUGGACAUGAACCCCGAGUUUGGCAUCUUCCUUACCAUGAACCCAGGGUAUGCAGGUCGUCAGGAGCUUCCCGAGAACCUCAAAAUCAACUUUCGCUCAGUUGCCAUGAUGGUUCCUGACCGUCAGAUCAUCAUCAGGGUUAAACUGGCCAGCUGUGGGUUCAUAGACAACAUAGAACUGGCCCGCAAGUUCUUCACUCUUUACAAGCUGUGUGAAGAACAGCUGUCUAAGCAGGUGCACUAUGACUUUGGCCUGCGUAAUAUCCUGUCGGUGCUGAGGACUCUGGGGGCAGCCAAACGAGACAACCCCAGUGACACCGAGUCCACCAUUGUGAUGAGAGUCCUCAGGGACAUGAACCUCUCCAAACUGAUUGAUGAGGAUGAGCCACUGUUCCUGAGCUUGAUUGAAGACCUCUUCCCAGGUAUCCAGCUUGAUAAGGCAGGCUACCCUGAAUUGGAGGCUGCCAUCGACAAACAGGUUGAGGAUGCCGGUCUGAUCAGUCACCCUCCCUGGAAGCUUAAGGUGAUCCAACUGUUUGAGACUCAGAGGGUCAGACAUGGCAUGAUGGCUCUAGGGCCCAGUGGAGCUGGGAAAACCACCUGCAUACACACACUGAUGAAAGCAAUGACAGACUGUGGCCACCCUCACAGAGAGAUGCGCAUGAAUCCCAAGGCCAUUACAGCGCCUCAGAUGUUUGGCCGACUGGAUGUGGCCACCAAUGACUGGACUGAUGGCAUCUUCUCUACCCUCUGGAGGAAAACACUAAGAGCCAAGAAAGGAGAACACAUCUGGAUAGUCCUGGAUGGACCAGUUGAUGCCAUCUGGAUUGAGAAUUUAAACUCAGUUUUGGACGACAAUAGGACCUUGACGCUGGCUAACGGAGACCGUAUACCUAUGGCACCCAACUGUAAGGUGGUGUUUGAGCCACACAACAUUGAUAACGCCUCUCCGGCCACUGUCUCACGCAAUGGCAUGGUGUUCAUGAGCUCCUCGGUGCUCAGCUGGAGCCCCAUACUGGAGGGCUGGUUGAAGAAACGUUCCCCGCAGGAAGGGGACGUGUUGAGAGAUCUCUUUUCUUCCUCCUUCUCUGAGCUCUACCGCUUCACCGUCCAGUCCCUGGAGAUUAAAAUGGACCUGCUGGAGGCUUUUGUCAUCAUGCAGUGUAUCAACAUGCUGCAGGGGCUCAUAACACCGAAGGAGCAAGGUGGAGAGAUAUCCAGAGAGCAAAUUGGGCGACUGUAUGUCUUUGCACUGACGUGGAGUCUUGGGGCUUUGUUGGAACCGGAUGACCGGAGGAAGAUGGAGACCUGGCUCAGAGACAAUGACUCCAUAUAUCUGGAUCUACCAGAAAUUCCACCUGACAGCGAGGAUACCAUAUUUGAUUACCAUGUGACAGCCAGUGGUCAGUGGAUCCACUGGAACACCAGAGUGGAGGAGUAUAUUUAUCCUUCUGACUUCACCCCAGAAUAUGGCUCCAUCCUGGUCCCCAACGUGGACAAUGUCAGGACAGACUUUCUCAUUCAGACUAUUGCCAAGCAGGGCAAGGCUGUUCUGCUGAUUGGAGAGCAGGGAACAGCAAAGACCGUCAUCAUCAAAGGCUACAUGUCAAAGUAUGACCCAGAGAUCCACAUAGCCAAGAGUGUUAACUUCUCCUCUGCUACGACUCCACUUAUGUUCCAGAGAACUUUAGAGAGUUAUGUGGAUAAGCGGAUGGGAGCCACUUAUGGACCUCCUGCUGGGAAGAAAAUGUCCAUCUUCAUAGAUGACAUUAACAUGCCUGUCAUCAACAAAUGGGGAGACCAGAUCACCAAUGAAAUAGUCCGGCAACUGAUGGAGCAAAAUGGGUUUUACAAUCUAGAGAAACCAGGGGAGUUCACCAAUAUUGUAGACAUCCAGUUCCUGGCAGCCAUGAUUCAUCCUGGAGGAGGCCGUAAUGACAUUCCACAGAGGCUAAAGAGACAGUUCUCAAUCUUCAAUUGUACUCUUCCCUCCAAUGCUUCUAUAGACAAGAUAUUUGGUGUGAUCGGUCAGGGCCACUACUGUGUCUGCCGUGGCUUCAGUGAGGAGGUUUGCAGCAUGGUACCCCGCCUGGUGUCCUUGACUCGUCGUCUCUGGCAGAUGACCAAGGUGAAGAUGCUGCCGACACCUGCAAAGUUUCACUACAUCUUCAACCUCAGGGAUCUGUCCAGGGUCUGGCAAGGCAUGCUAAAUACUACUGCUGAAGUGGUCGACUCCCUCCAGGUUCUGUUGGCGCUGUGGAAGCAUGAGUGCAAGUGUGUAAUAGCAGAUCGGUUCACCAUGCCUGAGGACGUGGAGUGGUUUGACCAGGCACUGGCAAAUCUAGUGCAGGAGGAGCUCAGCGAAGAGGAGAGGAACAUAGUGGACUAUGGAGUGGAAAGAUACUUUGUCGAUUUUUUACGUGAUGCACCUGAGGCAACAGGUAUCACACAAUCUACAGGCGAAGAACCCGAGGAUUCAGACUUUGAUCUGCCCAAAGUCUACGAGCCUAUAGAGUCCUUUGAGAGUCUAAUGGAUCGUCUUAACAUGUUCUUAAAUCAGUACAAUGAAAGUAUCAGGGGUGCUGGUAUGGACAUGGUUUUCUUUAGGGAUGCCAUGAUACAUCUGAUCAAGGUGUCAAGGAUAAUCCGGACACCCAGAGGUAAUGCUUUGCUGGUGGGUGUAGGGGGAUCUGGCAAACAGAGCCUAACCAGACUGGCCUCUUUCAUCGCUGGAUACAAGAUCUUUCAAAUCACAUUGACACGCUCCUACAACACAGCCAAUCUGAUGGAGGACCUUAAGGGACUGUAUAGGACGGCUGGCCAGCACGGCAAGGGCAUUAGCUUCAUCUUUACUGACAACGAGAUCAAAGAUGAGUCCUUCCUCGAGUACAUGAACAACGUCCUGUCUUCUGGAGAGGUGUCCAACCUGUUUGCUCGUGACGAGAUUGACGAGAUCCUCAGCGAUCUCGUACCUGCAAUGAAGAGAGAGUUUCCAAAGCGACCACCGACCAAUGAGAACCUACAUGAGUACUUCAUGUCCCGGGUCCGACAGAACCUCCAUGUUAUCCUGUGCUUCUCACCAGUGGGGGAGAAGUUUCGAAACCGGGCACUGAAGUUUCCAGCAUUGAUAUCAGGUUGCACCAUGGAUUGGUUCAGCCGCUGGCCCAAAGACGCUCUUGUUGCAGUUUCAGAACACUUUCUGUCCUCCUACGACAUUGAAUGUUCCUCGCAGGUUAAGUUUGAGGUCGUCCAGUGCAUGGGCUCCUUCCAGGAUGGCGUGGCAGAGAAGUGUGUUGACUAUUUUCAGAGAUACCGUCGCUCUACCCAUGUCACGCCCAAGUCCUACCUCUCCUUCAUCCAGGGAUAUAAGACCAUAUAUCAGGAGAAGAGGUCUGAAGUACAAACCUUGGCCAACAGGAUGAACACCGGUCUCCAGAAACUGAAGGAGGCCUCAGAAUCAGUAGCGGCCCUCAGCAAGGAGUUAGAGGUCAAAGAGAAGGAGCUGCAGGUCGCUAAUGACAAGGCUGACAUGGUGCUGAAAGAAGUGACUGUGAAAGCCCAAGCAGCAGAACGGGUAAAGGUGGAGGUCCAGAAAGUGAAGGAUAAGGCCCAGGCCAUUGUGGACAGCAUAUCAGCUGACAAGGCCAUUGCAGAAGAGAAACUAGAGGAUGCACGGCCAGCCCUAGAGGAAGCCGAGGGUGCACUGCAGACCAUCAAGCCAUCGGACAUAGCCACAGUUCGUACGCUGGGCCGGCCGCCCCACCUCAUCAUGCGGAUCAUGGAUUGCGUGCUGCUGCUUUUCCGGAGGAGGCUGAACUCUGUGAAGAUGGACCCAGAGAAGAACUGCAACACGCCGUCCUGGCAGGAGUCCCUCAAACUUAUGACAGCUGGGAACUUCCUGGGCAGCCUGCAGCAAUUCCCCAAAGACACCAUCAACGAAGAGAUGGUGGAGCUGCUGCAGCCCUACUUCAACAUGCCCGACUACAAUAUUGAGACAGCCAAGCGCGUGUGCGGCAAUGUGGCCGGCCUUGCCUCUUGGACCAAAGCCAUGGCCUCUUUCUUCUCCAUCAACAAGGAGGUCUUGCCAUUAAAGGCUAAUUUGGCAGUGCAGGAGAACCGUCUGGCUCUGGCCAACGUGGACCUGCAGAAGGCCCAGGCCGAGCUGGAUGCCAAGCAGGCAGAGCUGGAUCUCGUUCAGGCAGAGUAUGAGAAGGCCUUGAUGGAGAAACAGACUCUUCUGGAGGAUGCUGAACGCUGCAGACACAAGAUGCAGACGGCGUCCACCCUCAUCAGUGGUCUGGCUGGUGAGAAGGAGAGAUGGACAGAGCAGAGCAAAGAGUUUGCUGCCCAGACCAUCCGCCUUGUCGGUGACGUCCUCCUGGCCACGGCGUUCCUCUCGUACUCUGGCCCCUUCAACCAGGAGUUCCGCAACCUUCUGCUGAGUGAUUGGCAGCGGGAGUUGAAGUCACGCCGCAUUCCCUUUGGCAAUGGGCUCAACCUCACGGAGCUGCUCAUUGAUGCUCCCACUGUCGGCGAGUGGAACCUCCAGGGUCUCCCCAACGAUGACCUGUCCAUCCAAAAUGGCAUCAUUGUUACCAAAGCUGCCCGCUUCCCCCUUCUCAUCGACCCCCAGAACCAGGGAAAAAUCUGGAUCAAGAACAAAGAGGGGAAGAAUGAACUGCAGAUCACCUCGUUGAACCAUAAGUACUUCAGGAACCACCUGGAAGACAGCUUGUCUCUUGGACGUCCCCUGCUGAUUGAAGAUGUCGGAGAGGAGUUGGACCCUGCCCUUGACAAUGUCUUGGAGAAAAACUUCAUCAAGACAGGCUCCACUUACAAGGUGAAAGUCGGGGACAAGGAGGUGGAUGUGAUGAAGGGUUUUAGGCUGUAUGUGACCACCAAGCUGCCUAACCCAGCCUACACCCCCGAGAUCAGUGCCCGCACAUCCAUCAUUGACUUCACUGUCACCAUGAGAGGCCUGGAGGACCAGCUACUGGGCAGGGUCAUCCUCACAGAGAAAAAAGAACUAGAAAAAGAGAGGACAGAUCUCCUGGAGGAUGUCACGUCUAACAAGAGAAAGAUGAAGGAACUAGAGGACAACCUACUGUACCGCCUUACGAGCACUCAGGGAUCACUGGUUGAUGAUGAGAGUCUAAUUGUUGUCCUUGGCAACACCAAGCACACAGCUGAAGAAGUAACUCAGAAACUGCAGAUUGCUGCUGAGACUGAGGUCCAGAUCAAUGCAGCCAGAGAGGAGUACCGACCCGUGGCUACCAGGGGCAGUAUACUGUACUUCCUGAUUACAGAAAUGAGCAUGGUGAACAUCAUGUACCAAACCUCCCUGAGGCAGUUCCUGGGACUAUUUGACCUUUCGUUGGCCAGGUCCUCCAAGAGUCCCAUUACCAGCAAACGCAUCGCCAACAUCAUAGAGUUCAUGACCUUUGAGGUGUAUAAGUAUGCAGCACGGGGUCUGUAUGAGGAGCACAAAUUCCUGUUCACCUUGCUGUUGACGCUGAAGAUUGACAUGCAGAGCAACAGGGUGAAACAUGAGGAGUUUCUCACCCUCAUUAAAGGAGGGGCAUCCCUGGACCUGAAGGCGUGUCCUCAGAAGCCAGCUAAAUGGAUUUUAGACAUGACGUGGCUUAAUCUGGUGGAACUCGGAAAACUGUGGCAGUUCUCUGAUAUUCUUGACCAGAUCAGCCGUAAUGAGAAGCAGUGGAAGACAUGGUUUGAUAAGGAGGCCCCAGAGGAGGAGAUGAUCCCCAACUCUUAUGGAGAGACUCUUGACUGCUUCAGACGCUUGCUCCUCAUACGCUCUUGGUGCCCUGACAGGACCAUUGCACAGGCCCGUGAAUACAUCAUGGAUGCAGUGGGGGAGAAGUAUAUUGAGGGGGUUAUUCUAGACUUGGAGGAGACAUGGGAGGAAUCCAAUCCCCGUACUCCACUCAUCUGUUUCCUGUCCAUGGGUUCAGAUCCAACUGACUCCAUCAUUGCGCUGGGGAAGAGACAGAAGAUUGAGACCCGGUAUGUCUCCAUGGGCCAGGGCCAGGAGGUCCAUGCUCGCAAGCUUCUUCAGCACUCCAUGGCAAAUGGUGGCUGGGCCCUACUUCAGAACUGCCACCUGGGCCUGGACUUUAUGGACGAGUUGAUGGAUACGGUGACAGAAACUGAUACAGUCCAUGACAGCUUCCGCCUAUGGAUGACCACAGAAGUCCACCGGCACUUCCCCAUCACACUCCUACAAAUGUCAAUCAAAUUCACCAAUGAACCACCACAGGGUCUGAGGGCAGGACUUAAGAGGACCUAUGGAGGUAUAAACCAGGACCUUUUGGACGUGAGUAACAUGGUCCAGUGGAAGCCAAUGCUAUAUGGAGUAGCAUUUCUUCACAGUACCGUACAGGAGAGGAGGAAGUAUGGGCCUCUGGGUUGGAACAUCCCAUAUGAGUUCAACCAGGCAGACUUCAACGCCACCGUCCAGUUUGUUCAAAACCACCUUGAUGAUAUGGACAUCAAGAAGGGUGUGUCAUGGAACACCGUGCGCUACAUGAUUGGGGAGAUUCAGUACGGUGGCCGUGUGACAGACGACUAUGACAAGCGCCUCCUCAACACUUUUGCCAAGGUGUGGUUCAGCGAGAACAUGUUUGGACCAGAAUUCAACUUCUACAAGGGCUACAGCAUUCCGAAGUGCUCCAGUGUGGAUCAGUAUCUCACAUACAUCCAGGGUCUGCCAGCCUAUGACACACCCGAGGUGUUCGGUCUCCACCCAAACGCAGACAUCACCUACCAGAGUAAGCUGGCCAAGGACGUAUUGGACACCAUACUCAGUAUUCAGCCUAAAGACAGUUCCUCGGGUGGAGGGGAAACCAGGGAGGCUGUGGUGGCCAGGCUGGCUGAUGAUAUGCUGGAAAAACUGCCUCCUGACUACGUUCCUUUUGAAGUGAAAGAGUGCCUUCAGAGGAUGGGUCCUUUCCAACCCAUGAAUAUAUUCCUGCGUCAGGAGAUUGACCGCAUGCAGCGUGUCAUUGUUCUGGUCCGACACACGCUGACGGACCUUAAACUGGCCAUCGAUGGAACAAUCAUCAUGAGCGAAAACCUUCGUGACGCACUCGACUGCAUGUACGACGCACGCAUCCCAGAACGUUGGAAAAAGGCAUCGUGGGCCUCCAGCACCCUAGGGUUUUGGUUCACGGAGCUGCUGGAGCGUAACCGGCAGUUCCAGGCCUGGAUCUUUGAAGGAAGACCCAACUGCUUCUGGAUGACGGGCUUCUUCAACCCGCAGGGCUUCCUGACAGCUAUGAGACAGGAGAUCACCCGUGCCAACAAGGGGUGGGCUUUGGACCGCAUGAUGCUGUGCAAUGAGGUGACCAAGUGGAUGAAGGACGACAUCACGCAGCCACCGGCCGAGGGCGUGUACGUCUACGGCCUGUACCUGGAGGGUGCCGGCUGGGACCGACGCAACUGCAGACUCGUCGACUCCAAACCCAAAGUCCUGUUCGAGACGAUGCCCGUGGUCAGGAUGUAUGCCGAGAACAACGGUGUCAAAGAUGAGCGCCUCUACUCCUGCCCUAUCUACAAGAAGCCCAUAAGGAUGGACAUGAAUUACGUGGCAGCUGUUGACUUGAAGACCUCACUCUCACCUGAAUACUGGGUCCUACGUGGCGUGGCCCUCCUCUGUGAUGUCAAAUAAUCACUUCAUAGUUGUCCCCCCGCCCCCCUUUUUUUUCUCCCCAAUUGUACUUGGCCAAUUACCCCAAUCUUCUGAG